AUGGACUUGCUGUCAGAAACGGGACUACUCGGUUGUAAGGCUGCUGAAACACCAAUCGAACAUAAUGUGAAGCUUCAGCCAGCGAAACCUGAAGAAGUGAAAAACAGAGAACAAUUUCAACGGCUGGUAGGAAGGUUAAUUUACCUAUCACAUACACGUCCCGACAUAGCCUUCGCAGUGAGUGUAGUAAGUCAGUUUAUGCACUCACCAGGACCUGAACACUUUGAGACUGCUUACCGAAUACUAAAGUACCUAAAAGGAACACCGGGAAGAGGACUAAUGUUUGAGAAAAGAAAUCAUCUGCAGAUUGAAGUAUAUACGGAUGCUGAUUGGGCUGGGAGCUUGACUGAUAGACGUUCGACAUCGGGAUAUUGCACGUUUGUUGGAGGAAAUUUGGUUACAUGGCGCAGCAAGAAGCAGAGUGUGGUGGCAAGAAGUAGCGCAGAAGCUGAGUUCAGAUCGGUUGCUCAUGGAAUAUGUGAGGUGCUAUGGAUAAAAAGGAUUCUCGAUGAACUAAAGAUAGAAAGUCAAACUCCGAUAAAAACCUACUGUGAUAACAAGGCAGCGAUCUCAAUAGCUCACAAUCCAGUUCUUCAUGAUCGGACAAAGCAUGUCGAAGUGGAUAAGCAUUUCAUCAAGGAAAAAAUCGAAGGAGGAUAG